AUGGUAGAGUCUACGAAGCUCGCUACCGGCCCCGCUUCUUCAAAGCCAUACAUAAAGUCGUCGUAUAUCAAUGACAGUCCAAAAGUUCAUUUCCUAGUCAAGAUGAAAGUCUCGACCGGUUUAACGCUCUUUGCAUUGAUUUCAUCGUCACCGCAACCCAUUGAGGGUGCAUCGAGCACUUUGAUUGCCCCACGCUUUGGACGCCUUCCAACUGGCGCCAUCAAACCGUUUGGAUGGUCUUUGAACCAAGCCCGUGUUCAAGCAGAGGGUCUGGCAGGCCAUCUGAGGGAUUUCGAUAGUUAUGUCGCAGGCUCAAUCUGGGUCCCAGGAGGUAGUAUUGAAUAUAGUGAGAUGCACGAAUCUGGGCCUUAUUGGUUUAACGGAAUGAUUGCCUUGGCCUUUCAACUAGAAGACCAAAGGUUGAUUGGUCAACUCCGCGAAUUUCUUGACUUCAACUUGGACAACCAGCAACCAGAUGGUUGGAUUGGCCCCGAUUGGAACAUGUCGAUUCCUCGGCUAGUGUGGCCUCGAUAUCUCGUAUUGCUGGGGCUCAUUCAAUACGCUGAAGCAGAUCCGUCACAAACUGAGCGGAUCGUGGACGCGAUGCAUCGCUUUGCAUCGCUAGUCCAUCAAAUCUGGUCCAAUAAUCAGCAAGGCCAGCCUUCUAACGGUUUUAAUUUCGAUUACCAGUUCGUUCGCUGGGAAGAGUUGAUAUUAUCUCUGGAAUGGCUCUUUGAUAAUUUCCCAAGAGGCAAGGAAGCCGAGCUCCUAGAGUCGAUGCGAAUGGUUAGAGCAUCCGGAUUUGAUUGGAAAAACAAGUGGUACACAGACACCAACUUUCCUAAGGAAGCUGUAACGUCGCUAAAUAUGCAAACACAUGGUGUGAACAAUGCCGAAGCUCUGAAGUCGGAAGCUUUGGCAUAUCGCUUCACCGGCGAUGAGAGUGACAAGCAAAGCACAUUUAAUCGUCUGGAUUUAUUGUACAAGUAUCACGGGCGUGCUUCUGGUACCUUCUCUGCGGACGAGCACCUCGCUGGUUUGGAUCCCUCACGAGGAACAGAGCUGUGCACCGUCGUUGAACAGAUAUUCUCGCUCGCAGUUAUUUACCAGAUAUUUGGCAACAACUCCAUAGCUGAUAGAGCCGAAAAGCUAGCGUACAACGCGUUGCCCGCUGCACUCAUGCCCGAUUGGAAGUCUCACCAAUACGACCAAGAAGUCAACCAGAUUUGGGCUAAAGAAAUGAAUCCGCCACCGUGGGGCAACAAUGGCCCAGAUUCCAAUGUCUUUGGAUUCGAGCCAAACUAUCCUUGUUGCACUGUCAACCAUCCGCAAGCAUAUCCAAAGUUCUGGGCGAAUUCAUUCGUCACCGAUGCGAAUGGGACUUCUCUCAUCCAUGCCUUCCUUGGACCGGCGACAUUCUCUGGCCGGUUGGGAUCGAGUAAUCGAGUUGAAGUCGACACGUUAUAUCCUUUUGGGCCGUCUUUGACAUAUACUGUCUCCGCGAGACAAGCUUUCGAUUUCAAGAUUCGCGUCCCCGAUUGGGCUCAGAGUGGCAAGAGCACAAUAUCCUUGAACAACGGUCGUGCGGCUCGCUUGAAUGUAGAUGCGUCUUCUUUCCAUAUCGUAAAAGUACCAGCUCGAACGACGACGUUUAAAGUGACACUGGAUAUGCCGACUACCAUCGAGGCUCGGCCGAAUGGUGCAAUCGCCGUGAAUCGGGGCCCUCUACUGUAUGCAAUAGACUUGCAGUUCAAUGAUACUGUAACACCGGGUCAAAGGAGUGCUCAGGCUUUGAACGAUGUAAGAAGGUUGUAUCCCAACGCCCCUGAAGAUUUCUUGACGGCUUUUGACAAUCACACUCAAGCCCAUACCUUGCUUCCUACGGGGGAAUGGCGACUUGCAAUCGAUGCCUCCAGCAUUAGGGUCAUUGAUAAAUCCGCAGAUAUUUCCGAACUGCCCUUCUACGCCUGGGCGGCCGACUCGUCGCCAGUCAGUAUGACCGCUGACGCCUGCCAGAUUGAGUGGGGGUUAACUAAGGGGACCGCGUCUACUCCCCCGACCAGUCCCAACGCGUGCGUCGGACCUAAAUUGAAGGUGAACUUGAUACCUUUCGGAGCAGCGAAACUGCGGUUGGGCGAGAUCCCUACGAUGCACCAACGCAUCAACCUCAAGGUUUCAAGAUCUGAUGGUUCACAACUCAGAGACCUCCCUCCCAGCCCUAAGUCGCGAUUGACAAUGGAGAGAAUAUCCUCUCGGUUCAACAACCCAGAGAGCGACAUAACAUGCCGUUCCUCAGACUUCAUAUCGUUUAAACUGAAGCGCGUAAACUUACAAAUGUUCUCCAAUAUUCCCGUUCUCUUCGCGGAUGCUCUUAGCGCGGACUCACCUAAUACCUUUGCGAGUUCGCCUGUGUCUGCAUCAAAGCAACGACACUCCCAGCUGGAUGCCUGCGGGGAAUUUCGUAUCGUUGAUGCCGAGGGAACGAAAGGCAAGGGCCUGGAUACUGAUGAUGAGGCGGAGGGCGACCAGGAGGCGAGGGAUGAUAGAGGGGGCACAAAAGGAGGUAGCAACGAGUUCUUCAGCGUGGACGGCAAUCGAAAUAGUGUACCAUCGCCAUCGCCGUCACCUUCUUCAGCGUCAACAUCAACACUUACGCCGUCUCAGCACUAUGGUCGCGCGCCUCCUUCACCCACACCCUCUCCCCCACCUCUCAAUCGUACUCAAACAGCCCCCUCAAACAGCCCCACUCCACCACCGACGAUAACUUUAACGGAAUCCUCCGCAACCCUCGAAAUUCUCUUCCAGUUCAUGCACAAUCAGCCACAACCCAUAGCGACCAUCGCAGUAAUCUCUUUUAGCUCCCUUGUAGCCCUCGUCUCCGCAGUCGAGAAGUACCAAGUUCAUGCCGCGAAAGAGGCGUGUAGGAAUCGAUUAAGGGAGUUUAUACCACACCAACCACUCAAAGUUUUGCAUAUUGCGACAAUCCAUAGAUAUACCUCGUUGAUGGAUGAAGCAGCGCCAUAUACCCUUGGUCUCCCUCUCAAAGACAUCCAAUCAACUUUGAACGCGAAUACGUUCAUUGCUUGGGUUCACUACCACCACUCCUUCUCCCUCCUCCUACAUCAGAUCCAGACGUACCAAUCACCCACCCGCUAUCACUGGGAAUCUCUUAAAGACAAACCAGGUGUCAAGACCAUGGAUUCGCCGUGCGAAGUGUGGACGGAGUUAUACGCGAAGGUGGCAUGGAGGAUUGGGGGCUGGGUUGGGGGAAUCGUUGGGUUGAGUGAUAGUAAUGGCGAUAACGACAGUAAUAAUGCUAACGCUAAUGGGAAUGGUGGGGGAGCGGGAGGUGGAGGAAUAAAGGAGAUAUUUAGGCAGACGAGGGAGGUGAUCGGGCUGAGGUGCAUGAGCUGUCCGAAGUGGAUGAUGGAUUGGGAAGAGGAGGUCUUGUAUCGGAUGGGGAAGAUGAAGAGGUUUAGUGAGUAUUUGUGA